AUGUCUACUCCGAAUGCCAGCUGGCCCCCUUCGCACCCGGCCUUCUUCCUCCUGGUGGGGAUCCCUGGGCUAGAGCGGGAGCAGGGCUGGAUCGCCAUCCCCUUGUGUCUCAUGUACAUCACUGCAGCCCUGGGAAACGGCACCGUCCUCUACCUCAUCAAGACGGAGGCCAGCCUCCACCAGCCCAUGUACCUCUUCCUGGCCAUGCUGGCCACCACCGACCUGGUCCUCUCCACCUCCACCGUGCCCAAAAUGCUGUCUGUUUUCUGGCUGGGCUCCCGAGCCAUCAGCUUCCACGCCUGCCUGGCCCAGAUGUUCUUCAUCCACGCCUUCUCCUCCGUCGAGUCUGGCGUGCUGAUGGCCAUGGCCCUGGACCGCUACGUCGCCAUCUGCUUCCCGCUCCGGCACUCGGCCAUCCUCUCCUUGUCGGUGGUAGGGAAGCUGGGGGGCCUCAUCCUGCUGCGCGGGGUGGUCCUCAUCAGCCCCUUCUCCUUCCUGGCCAGCAGGCUGCCUUACUGCCACCGCCGUUACAUCGCCCACUCAUACUGUGAGCACAUGGCAGUGGUGAAGUUGGUGUGCGGGAAUGCCCGAGUCAACACCGUGUACGGCCUCUUUGUGGCUUUCGUCGUGGUGGGGUUUGACGUCGCCAUCAUUGCUGCAUCCUACGCCUUGAUCCUCAGGGCCGUGCUGAAGCUCCCGUCCAACGAGGCCCGUCUGAAGGCCUUCGGCACCUGUGCCUCCCACAUCUGUGUCAUCCUCUCCUUCUACAUUCCUGCCCUCUUCACUUUCCUCACACACCGGUUUGGCCACAAUUUCCCCCACCAUGUUCACAUCAUGGUGGCCAUACUCUACCUUCUGGUACCGCCCACUUUGAACCCCAUUGUGUACGGGGUGAAAACCAAGACCAUUCGGGACAGAGUUCUCGCCAUGUUCCUUAUUCUGGGAAGAGAGAGGCGGCAUUUACGCCAUAACUGA